AUGAAAAUUAAUUUUCGUCGUUAUUUGUUAAUGGUGUUUAUUGCUUUAUUUGUAUCAGCAUUUUUCAUUGUUGAUACACUUUUCAUUGCUAUAACAUAUUCUUUUGGGGGUAUUAAAUAUUUUGAUAAUUUAAACAAAACACUGCCAUUUGUUGAGUAUAAAAUGGAAACGUUGGCUAUUUUGAAACUUUUACCUGCAACUAUUGCUGAAUUAUCUGCAUAUUUAAUAAUAUUUGUUUGUGGGUUUAAAAUGGUUAGAUAUGUCAAUUUAAACACUAAUUUUGAUGAAAAUUUGAAGAGAUUAAAUAAACUUUUAACAAAAGUUUUGAUUAUUUUGGCUAUUGUACCUUUUGCUAAUCAAACUGGACUUUUAUUCUGUAUAUUUUAUUCACAAACAACUAGCACUACAACAAAUAUUAUUAGAAUCUUAAUCCUUUUUUUUCAUUUAACACCUGUAUUUAACCCAAUUAUUUGUAUUUUAACAAACACUCCAUAUCGAAAUGUCUUUUUUAAUCGUUCACAAGUACAUCCACAAUAA